AGUCGGGUUUAGUAUGUACUUGGCAUGCUUUGUACUAGUAAAAGGCGCUAUGUAAGGUACGUACGCGAUGACCAAAGUCAUAUUGGCUUCUUUGAUUAUUCGCUUGGUUGACUUUUCCUUUUGACUUGCUUCGAACCCUCCCUGUUUUUUUUUUGCUUGUCGCUAUAUCACUUCUACGACUUCAUACCCUGUACCGCCAGUCACUCCUUUGUUCAUACGGUCCUUAGCUAUACCCCCAAAAACGACAAUUUCAGCCACCCGAACCUCAUCUGACUUUCAGUCUAUAAUUCCCAAUGCUAGUGUUGUCGAUCUUCCUGCUAGUUUCUGCGAUCCUUCCUUUCACCAUUGGCGAUACCCAUGGCCGUGACAAACGCGGACACCAUCAAGAACUAGCCCAGCGGGCGCGAGGCGACGUGGGCAUCCACAAACGUGCUUUCAACAACGCACGCUUCACCUUUUAUGACGUUGGCUUGGGUGCUUGUGGGCAGUACAGCUCUCCUGGCGAUUUCAUUGUCGCCCUGAACGUCGCCCAAUAUGGCGGAGGUUUCCCGGGUCCGCAGUGUUUCAAGUCCAUUACCAUCUCAUUCGGGGGCAAAACUGCCCAGGCCACCAUCAUGGACGAAUGUAUGGGGUGCCCAUACGGCGGGCUUGACUUCUCUAUUGGUCUUUUCAGUCACUUCGCUUCUGAAGCUGCAGGCGUCCUUUACGGAUCGUGGUGGUUCGAUGAUGGCGCUAGCGAGCCUGCACCAUCCACGAGCUCCGCAUGGACGCCCACAUCAACCCCUGAUUGGUCCACACCUACGCCUACACACCAGUACCACCCCGCCGAUACGCCCUCCACCACGCCUACAGCCCAAAUUAGCAUCCCUUCUGAAACUGCAACUAGCACCCUUCUACAACCGCAACCAGCACUGCUUCUGAGACACCCACUAGCACCCCUUCUACAACCAACGCCACUGCUACUGUUACGUACCCUUCAAACUCGACGGUGUCGACCUAUAACAAGGAUAUACCACUUUCUACUGGCGCACCCAUCCCCGUACCUAUCCCCGACGCUUCGCAUCUGGAAAACCUUCAGAAUAUCGGCGAAGCCCUCAUCAACCUUGGUACUAUGUUAAUCUCAUGCCAGCGGGGCAAUUAGGCUACUUUUGGCAAAGGCCCCUUCUCUCUCGUCAGUGUUAUGUAUUGGGCGGGAGGUCCGCCGAUCUUAGCCUCGUCGGGUACGUAGCGUCUGUUCUUAAUACGUGACUGAGGCUGCCGUGAUGAUUCUGAAUUCGU